UUAAAAUAUAAUAAACAUAUUGAGAAACGAACAAUUGAAAAAUAGUAAAUGAAAUACGAAUAAAUAUUGUGAAAAUGGCUGCUUCCAACGAAUUUUACGCUCAACGUACCGACAAGUCAUAUAAUUUCGAUAUGACAGAUUUCGAUCAGACAUUAAAUUUCCAAAGUUUUGAUAAUCAACCAACUGUUCCACCGAAUUAUGAUUACAAUUACGGCAAUACAAACACUGGAUUGAGUUCGUUUUACGAUCCCAAUGCGUAUAACAAUAACCCUUAUGGUCAAAACGAUGUUUACCAAGCAACGAAUGUAGGCGCAGGCAAUGAGUUUGACGACGAGCCGCCUUUGUUGGAAGAACUGGGUAUAAAUCCAAGUCAUAUUUUCCAAAAGACUUUAGCAGUGUUAAAUCCAAUGAGAGGAGCUGAUCAACAAAUAUUGCAAGAUACAGACAUGGCUGGGCCGUUGGUCUUUUGCUUAGCAUUGGGAAGUUUUCUAUUACUGAGUGGCAAGGUAACAUUCUCUUACAUUUAUGGUAUUGGAGUAAUGGGUUGCAUCGCUUUUUAUUGCUUGCUAACAUUAAUGGCACCACAAUCGAACGUAACAUUCGGUGCAGUGGUAUCCGUACUAGGGUACUGUCUACUCCCGAUGGUCGUUUUAUCUGGAAUUAAUGUUCUUGUUACCAUACAAGGUACUAUCGGUCUGAUAAUUGCCGGCAUAUGCAUAUUAUGGUGCUCUCUAUCGGCUUCAAAGCUUUUCGUUACUGCAUAUUCAAUGGAUCAUCAACAAGUGCUUAUCGCUUAUCCUUGUGCUCUACUGUACGGAGUUUUCGCUUUAAUUACCAUAUUUUAAUAGGAUGUAGGACUUUAUAGAAAGUCCUGCGAGAGCAUUUUUAUACAAAAUGAUAAAAUAAUUUAACCCUUUCACCAACAAUUAUUAAUAAUUU